CGUGAGGAUGUCAAUUGCAGUUUGGCAGCAAAUCUCCUUAUUCCGAUUCGAAGUCGAAAGCUGUAGAUUUGAUGAACGAACUCUUCGAAUUCUCGAGUCUAUUUUAGCUUCGAUUGAUUUCAAAUCUGUGGAAGGAGUAGUGUGCACUUUGAAACAGUUCAUGAGACAUGAAUCUCUUCGCAUUAUUGAGGAAAUCGCUGGAAAAUCUGUAGAGCAUAAGCUUCUGAUCGUCGAUUUUCUGGUUCACGUUUUUGCUCUCAUUGGAGAUACUGAGAGUUGCUUGGCCUUGAGAUAUGAGGCACUGCUUAUGAGAGAGCAGAAAGCUUCCUGUGAUCAGAGAUUUCUUGUUUCAUAUAGCGAGUGGCUCACUUUUGCGGAGCAUUCACUUGAAAGUGGCUAUUGUUCCGUUGCAAAGAAGGCAUGUGAAAAGGCGCUUUUAUGUUUUGAGAUGAACAUCAUAGAUGACCCUGCAAAUGAUUUCGUAAUUGAAAAAAUUAAGAAGCUUAAAGAUGUUGCUGUGAUCUCAGCGUCUUCAAAAUCUGUUCAGGCGCAGGCAGCAGCAUACUUCAAUAACAAAAGUAUUCAGCAGAGCUCACAAGGAUCCUACAUUUCUGUGGAACCUAAAAGUUCAGGAAGCACUCUGUUUAAAGAUGGAAUCAAAAGACGACACAAACGCCAAUUGGAUGAAUACCGACAUUUGAAACUGGAUAAAAUAACUUCUGGAGGCGCGCAAAAUAUUUUGGUAUGGUCAUUCUGCCAAUAUCAUUCCUUCUCCAGCCCCCAAAGUAAAAAAGAUCUUAUUUAGUUUAAUUGUUAAACAAUAAUUGAUUGUGCAGGAAUGAUUUUUCUCUGAUGUAUUACUAUUAGGGAGUACCAAUAUGAUCAAAAGAUCAAAUGCUCUUCUUAUGGUUAGUAUUUCAGCAGGUAAUUUACUCUGGUUAAUGUUGUACGAUAUCAUUGCUACAGUAUGUUUAAAACUUACAAGAAAAUUGGUCCUAUACGUAUGCCGGUGGGAAGACAACAACAUACCAGUGGUCUCAUAAAGUGGGAUCUGGGGAGGGUAGAGCAUAAAAUGUUCAGAAAGAAAAAUAAUAGAAGUAAUAGAAGUACAAGAAACAACAUAUAGUAACAAAACGUCUGCCUAUGGAAAGAGUCAGAAAAAACUUAUGUUGUCGUAAGAACCUCUUGUUUCAUUAUUGACUCUUUUUUUUUUUAAUCUCUAAGAGAAUUUGUUUCAGCUAUUGACUUUUCUCUUCAAUAUUUGCUUUUGCACCAUAAUAAGCAAUUUUUGGCAUUUUAAAUUACAGUUAAUAAGACAAGGGUAGAAUACUUGCCUUGUCUCUUCUCAACCUUGGUCCUGCAAUAGGAACCUAGCAUGCUGGUGAUAAGUCUUCAAUAAAAUAUGUUGGUUAGGGAAUCUGUAAUUAAGUCUAAGCAACAAACAAUGAGUACAUUUGCAGCAAGAUAUUAGCUUCAGCCCCUCUCCAUGUAAUCACGUGCCUAUGCAGUUGAGUCUUUUGUCAGUUUUCAUAUUUCAGCAAAUUGGAUAGGUGUAACUUUUACUAGUCAAAAUCAGAAAGUUGGCUUAGAAAUUUUGAAUCAAACAAUUAGGAAUUUGUAAAUCUUUUUAGAAAUCUAAU